AUACUGCAUGGAGGAGGAAUGAGGAGGAACGGAGGAAAGGCAGCAAUGGGUGCAGAUUCGAUUUCAUGGCCCACAGGUAUGGAGGCCCAGCUCCCCGCAACAGCAGGGUUGUUUUCCUAAGAAAAUCUUUUUUAACUUCCUACGCACGACUCCUUCCUCCUGUUGCCCAGUUGCAGGCUGAAAAAUAACUAGGCUUUUACGCUCGUCGGCUUAGAUUCUCACACACAUACACACACACACACCCCCGGAGAGGAUAACAAGCUGCUUUUAAUAUUUGUCAUGUUUAUUAACCGAUGCAAUAGCGGCGGCUGAAGACUUCCCCUGCCAGUUACCACUGAAAUGUAAGUAAGGCGUCAUAAAUAAACCAGACUACAAAGAGCCCUCUCUGCAGCGAUUUACUGAGACACUCUUGGCUCUGGAUGUUACAUCGGAUGGUCCUUUGGCGCGCUCCAGUCCGGGUUUUGCAACAGUCACAAUAUUUUGGCUGGAUAUUGUCUUAGGAGGUGGUACUAGUAGGGUGGAAUUCCCUCAUGCUGGAGUUUGCACAAGAUGCUUUCACAAAGCUGGAUCCUCUGGUAAUAAUAAUAAUUAAAAAGCCCCGCCACCAUAGACUCCUUGAAUGAGGACGGCGUCUCCGGCCUUGUGGGCAGGCGGUAUGGAAGUCCCACUUGCUCUGAUCUGAUCACAUAGACAGGGAGCAGUGGGGGCUGAUGGAGUGUAAACCAGCCUGGGCAAUCUUUACGAGCUGAAAUCCUGCACAUCCCAGAAGGGACCGUUUCUCUCCGCAGAGUUUGUGGGCUAUUCGAAAUCUGCUUCAAAACCAACCAGCCACACAACCCGCAGAAGCCCCGCUGCACCAGACUUCCCAGUGAACUCGCAGGGAAUUUUUUUUUUUUUUUUUUUUUGACAGAAACUCGCGUGUCACUUUCCCUGGAGGAACAGAGGGGUUUUGGAAAUUGUUCUUGUGCAAGUAUUUUGAGACAUUCGAAGAGUCUCUUCAGCAGUCAUGAGUGGCUGACAACUGAGAGUUUGGGUGUGUCUAUUCGGACGCUACAAGCAGCUAACGCUCACGGAGUGCCGGCCCCCAGAUGGGACUAGAUCCAAGCUCCUCUGCUCCUUAUGGGGUUGAAGUCAGUUCCGAGGUGAGUCAGGGCUGUGCGAAGGGCUGCGACCUGUGCUCCGAGUUCAACGGGUGCCUGAAAUGUUCCCCCAAACUCUUCAUCCUGCUGGAGAGGAAUGACAUCCGACAGAUCGGGAUCUGCCUUCCCUCCUGUCCACUGGGCUACUUCGGCGUUCGCAAUCCAGACAUGAACAAGUGCAUCAAAUGCAAAAUUGAGAACUGUGAGGCCUGUUUCAGCCGAAACUUUUGCACAAAAUGCAAGGAAGGGUUGUACUUGCACAAAGGGAGAUGUUAUUCCACCUGCCCAGAAGGCUACUCUGCUGCCAACGGCACUAUGGAGUGCAGCAAUCCUGCACAAUGUGAAAUGAGCGAGUGGGGUCCCUGGGGCCCGUGCUCCAAGAAAAGGAAGCUGUGUGGUUUCAAGAAGGGCAAUGAAGAGCGAUCGCGGAAGGUACUGCUGGCUCCCUCUGGAGAUGUGUCUGUGUGUCCUGCCACCACCGAGGUCCGGAAAUGCACAGUGCAGAAGAACCAGUGCCCUGAAGGGAAAAGGAAGCGAAAGGAAGAGCAAGAAAAGCGAGAUAACAUGAAUGGAAACAGAAACCAGAAAGACACCAAAGAGGCCAAAUCUGGCACCAAGAAAAGGAAAAGCCAGCAGAGAGGGACUGUGGUCCCCAUGACUCUUGCUAGCCCUGCCCAAUAGCUGCCCCUUUGUAGUCACAUGAUGGCAAGAGUACAUUGCUGCUAUGUAUAUGAAAGCUUUAUGGAACCAGAGCACUGCUACAUAACAGACACAUUCAGACAGACAGAACCAACCCCCACUGCCACACACAAAGACGGAGACCACACACAAAUGCAACAUAGGACCGUAAAGUGCAAACCUCUAAGAAGAGGAGUAAGAAAAUAUAAGAGAUGAAGUUUAAAUGCUAAGGAGUUUACUGUGGAAACUGGGGAGAAAGUAUGAACCAGACUGGAAGGCAGUGGUGCCAAUAUUCCUGAUAUAAUGACUCAAAUAGAAGUCAGCCAUGUAAACCCCAGCAUAACACAGCUUCAGCCAGAGACUAGAACUGAUUUGCUAUUGUUCAGAAUCACAGGAUCUGGAAUCGCGCAAAGAUAGUGGCCUGUUUCUAUUCCCCCUUCCUUUGUUCUAAGCUGUAUGAGAAUAUAUGUUAAACCUUUGUGAGAAGAGGUCAGAGAUGUCUGCCCUGAAAUGGCUUCAAAAAUGUAUUUCAAAAUUAAAAAAAAAAGUCCAACAUAAUGACCUCCAAAUUUCCAAUUGUGUGGUUCAUGGCUCAGCCCCCAAAGAGGCUGGUGUCCCAAUGGGGGAGGGACUCGCUUGCAGAAGGAAAACUCAUAAGAGCUUUCAGAAAAUGUAGCCAGCUGCAUCCUAGCCACAAAUCAGUCAUCAUUCACUUUUACAAUCCCUGUCCAUGUCCAUUAAGCCCCAUGGGGAGUUUCCCAUCAUGCAGCAAGUUGAGAAAUAGAGGUGACAGCAAACCGCAAAUUGGUUUGAUGUUGUGAUUCUGCUGAUAGUCACAGUGCGAAGGAUUGUGUGCUGAACUGAGGAAGGAAAAAGCC